UCUUGAAGGAAUCAGUCGCAUUCUGAAUCCAUCGGACGUUGAAAAAAUAAACUAAAUCGAAGUGAUAAAAGCAAACGGAUAUACUGAAAAAGUUUUUCAUUGUGUGGUUAAUGUGAAAACAGUUUAACUGCAGCAACCAACGGAAAGUGUGUGACGGAAAACAAAUACAACCGCGUUUUCUGUGCUAAUUAAAGUGUUUAACCAACUGCAAGUGAAAACACAAAAAUCAAGUAAAACAAUUGCAAUAUUUAACGAAGAGCAACGCAAAACGAGAAAAAAGUUUAAGCAAGUGCAACGGUAACAACGUAUAAUGGCACCAAUUACCACUGACAAUUGCGAAUUUGAAUGUGCAACAAGUGUUGAUAGCAGCAUCAACGGCAGCCAAAACAAUAACUUUGAAAACGUUAUCGAUAUCGAUAACGAUAACUUUGUGAGCAACGCGUCGAAUGAUUCGAAUUUGAGCCAAGUUCAAGCCGAACACCAUGUCGCUGAGCAGGAGCAGCAGCAGGAGGAGCAGGAGCAGGAAAAGCAGCAGCAGAUGCCAUGGGAGGCACCUGGCAAACAGGGACUCUACGAUCCUCAGAACGAGCACGAGGCAUGCGGCGUGGGAUUCAUUGUGGCCAUCGAUGGCAAACGCUCUCACAAGAUUCUACGUGAUGCCCAGACCCUGUCAGAACGGAUGAAUCAUCGCGGCGCCUGCGCCUGCGAUAAUGACACCGGGGAUGGCGCUGGUGUAUUGGCUUCCAUUCCGCACGGACUCUAUGCCAAGGCUCUCGCUGUACAGGGCGUAACCUUGCCGGAGUUGGGCAACUAUGCCACGGGCAUCUUCUACUUGGACGUAGCUCAGCACGCCUCCGCCGAGGCGGAGUUCGAUGAGCUGGCCAAGAGUCUGGGCUUGUCGGUGCUCGCCUGGCGCACCGUGCCGGCCAAUCAGCAGGCCAUCGGGGGUGUGGCACGCAAGUCGGAGCCGUUGUCGCGUCAGGUGUUCGUUGCCCGUCCCGAGGGCACGGACGAGAAGUCCUUUCAGCGUCAGGUGUUUGUGCUGCGCAAGCGUGCCAGCCAUGAGCUGGCCAAGCCGGGCAGACGCUUCUACAUCUGCUCCUUGUCGGAUCGCACGGUCGUCUACAAGGGUCUGUUCACCUCGGACCAGCUGUGGGACUACUACACGGACCUAAAGGAUCCCGAUUUCGAGACCUACAUGGCGCUGGUGCACACGCGCUUCUCCACCAACACUUUCCCCAGCUGGGAGCGAGCUCAUCCGCUGCGCGUCCUGGCCCACAACGGCGAGAUCAACACGCUGCGUGGCAAUGUGAAUCUGAUGAAGGCACGCGAGGGCGUCAUGCAGUCGGAGCUGUUUGGAGAACAGCUCAAGAAGCUGUAUCCCGUCGUGGAGCCCAAUCUGUCCGAUUCGGGCUCCUUCGAUUGCGUGCUCGAGUUCAUCACAAUGGCCAGCGACCGUUCGCUGCCCGAAUCCGUGAUGACCAUGGUGCCGGAGGCCUGGCAGAACGAUCGCACAAUGCCGCAGGAGAAGCGCGACUUCUAUCAGUGGGCCGCCUGCGUCAUGGAGCCCUGGGAUGGCCCGGCCCUGAUCAGCUUCACCGAUGGACGUUACAUUGGUGCCGUGCUGGAUCGCAAUGGGCUGCGUCCGUCGCGCUUCUAUGUGACCAAGGAGAAUGUGCUGGUGAUGGCCAGCGAGGUGGGCGUCUAUGAUGUGGAUCCCUCCCAGGUGACGCUCAAGAGUCGUCUCAAGCCCGGUCGCAUGUUGCUGGUGGACACCAAGGAGCAGAAGCUCAUACAGGACAUUGAGCUGAAGGCGCGCAUAGCCAAGUCGCGUCCCCACUCCGACUGGCUGCAGCAGAAGAUCACGCUGGACGAGAUCCGCAAUGCCAAUGUGCUGAGCACGCCCAUCGUGGAGCCGCCCAAGCUGCCAGCCUCGCAGCGCGGCAUCUUUGAUCCGCGUCUAUCGCUCUUCGGCUACACCACGGAGACGGUCAAUAUGCUGCUAAUACCCAUGUUCCAGAACAAAAAGGAGGCACUUGGUUCCAUGGGCAACGAUGCGCCGCUCGCCUGUCUCUCCGGCUAUCAGCCUAUUCCGUACGAGUACUUUAAACAGCUGUUCGCACAGGUGACCAAUCCACCAAUUGAUCCAUUCCGCGAGAAGGUCGUCAUGUCCAUGCAGUGUCCACUUGGACCGGAGGCGAAUCUGCUGCAGCCAUCGGCACAGCAGGUGCAUCGCAUUUGGCUACUGAAUCCCAUACUGAGCAUUCCAGAUACCCAGCUGCUCAAGCGCAACACGCACCGUGGCUGGAAGACCAAGGUCCUGGACAUUACAUUCCAGUACAGCGAGGGCUACCAGGGCUAUCUCGAUUGCAUCGAUCGCAUCUGCCGCGAGGGCGCUAAUGCCGCCCAGGCGGGCUACCAGCUGCUCGUGCUCUCCGAUCGUGAGGCUGGCUGCAACGAGCAUGUUGCGGUUUCCGCUCUGCUAGCGCUGGGUGCACUGCAUCAUCAUCUGAUCGAGACGCUGCAGCGCAUGAAGGUUGGCAUUAUUGUGGAGACGGCCGAGGCGCGCGAGGUGCACCACGUUUGCGUCCUGCUCGGCUAUGGCGCCGACGCCAUCUGCCCCUAUCUGGCCUUCGAGCUGGCCCAGGCGCUGCGUGAUGAUGGCGUCAUCGGUGCGGACGUCACCGACAAGCAGAUCUAUGCCGCCUACGCCCAGGCAAUUGACACGGGCAUCGCCAAGGUCAUGGCCAAGAUGGGCAUCAGCACGCUGCAGUCCUACAAGAGCGCCCAGAUCUUCGAGGCGGUGGGCUUGGGCAAUGAGGUGAUCGACAAGUGCUUCCGCGGCACCCAGAGCCGCAUUGGCGGCGUCACCCUCGAGAUACUGGCCAAGGAGGGUCUCGAACGCUUCCAGUUGACCUAUGGCAAGGUGUCGCCCGAUACGCGCAUUCUGCGCAAUCCCGGACAAUAUCAUUGGCGUCAUGGCGGCGAGGCGCACAUCAACGAGCCCUCCUCCAUCGGCAGCCUGCAGGAGGCGGCCGUCAACAAGAAUCUGAGCGCCUUCGAGGCCUUCAAGAAGACCACCCUGGAGAGCGUCAAACAGUGCUGCCUGCGUGGCCAGCUGGAGUUCGUGUCCGAUCGCCAGAAGAUUGAGCUGGCCGAGGUGGAGCCGGCCAGCGAGAUUGUUAAGCGUUUCGCGACUGGCGCCAUGAGCUUUGGCAGCAUCUCGUUGGAGGCGCAUCAGACGCUCUCCAUAACCAUGAAUCGCAUCGGUGGCAAGAGCAACACCGGCGAGGGCGGCGAGGAUUCCGAUCGCUAUCUGAAUCAGGACCCGAAUAACAGCCGGCGUUCGGCCAUCAAGCAGGUGGCCUCGGGUCGCUUUGGUGUGACCGCCUCGUAUCUGGCCAAUGCGGAUGAUCUGCAGAUCAAAAUGGCUCAGGGCGCCAAGCCGGGUGAGGGCGGCGAGCUGCCCGGCUACAAGGUGACCAAGGACAUUGCCAAGACGCGCAAAUCGGUGCCGGGCGUGGGUCUAAUAUCCCCGCCGCCACAUCACGACAUCUACUCCAUUGAGGAUCUGGCCGAGCUGAUCUACGAUCUCAAGUGCUCCAAUCCCAAUGCGCGCAUCAGCGUCAAAUUGGUCUCCGAAGUGGGAGUGGGCGUGGUGGCCUCUGGCGUGGCAAAGGGCAAAGCCGAACAUAUUGUCAUCUCUGGCCAUGAUGGCGGCACCGGCGCCAGCUCCUGGACGGGCAUCAAGAAUGCCGGACUGCCCUGGGAGCUGGGCAUUGCAGAGACGCAUCAAGUACUUGUUUUGAAUAAUCUACGCUCAAGGGUGGUCGUUCAGGCGGAUGGACAACUGCGCACGGGCUUCGACGUGGUUGUGGCCGCGCUGCUUGGCGCCGACGAGUUUGGCUUCAGCACGGCUCCCUUGAUUGUCAUGGGCUGCACCAUGAUGCGCAAGUGUCAUUUGAACACCUGUCCCGUGGGCAUUGCCACACAGGAUCCAGUGCUGCGCAAGAAGUUUACCGGCAAGCCGGAGCAUGUCAUCAACUUCUUCUUCAUGCUCGCCGAGGACAUACGUCAAAUCAUGGCCAAUCUGGGCAUACGCAAGUUCCAGGAUCUGAUUGGACGCACCGAUCUGCUGCGCAUGGCCAGCCAGCGAGACACCAAGGCCAGCAAUUUGGAUCUCAAGCUGCUGCUGCAGCCGGCGCUGGAACUGCGUCCGGGCACCAACAUUGUGGGCGGCUCCGUCAAGCAAGAUUUCCAGCUGGAGAAUCGUUCCGAUAACCAGUUGAUCGAGCAGGCUCAGCAGAUCUUUAACGGUGCAAGGGACAAUAUCACCGUGAAGAUGCCCAUACACAACGAGGAGCGUGCGUUCGGCUCGACCCUGAGCUAUCACAUUGCCCUCAAAUAUGGCGAAGCUGGCCUGCCCGCUGGCAAGAGCAUUGACAUCUUCUUGGAGGGCUCGGCUGGCCAGAGCUUCUGCGCCUUCCUCGCGCGUGGCGUCAACGUGACCCUCAAGGGCGAUGCCAACGAUUAUGUGGGCAAGGGCCUCUGUGGUGGCAAUAUAAUCAUCACACCACCCGACACCGUUACUUUCGAGUCGCAUCUGAAUGUGAUUGCGGGCAAUGUAUGCCUCUAUGGCGCCACCGAGGGCAACGCCUAUUUCCGUGGCAUUGCCGCCGAGCGGUUCUGUGUGCGCAAUUCGGGUGUGACCGCCGUGGUGGAGGGUGUCGGUGACCAUGGCUGCGAGUACAUGACUGGCGGAUUGGUUGUGAUCCUGGGCUUGACUGGACGCAAUUUUGCAGCGGGCAUGUCCGGUGGCAUUGCCUAUGUCUAUGACAUUGAUGGUUCGUUCAAGCCCAAGGUCAAUCCGGAGUCAGUGGAACUGCUGCCGCUGCAACUGGACGAGGAUGUGGCUCUCGUGAAGAAGCUGCUGGCUGACUUUAUUGAGAAAACCGACUCGAAGGUGGCCAAACAGCUGCUGGAUAACUGGGCGCAAGAACAGUCCAAAUUCGUCAAGGUCUUCCCAUACGAGUACCAGAAGGCGCUCAAGGACAUGGCCGAGCAGGAGGCGGUGCAACAGCCCGUCAAGGUGGCGGCCAUCGAGAACGGCAACGGUAAACACGAGCCGCACAUCAAGGACAUCGAGGAAGCCAUUCAGGAUGUGACCCUGGAGCAGAAGCGUGCCGAUCGUGUGCUGGACAAGACGCGCGGCUUUGUCAAAUACAAGCGCGAGUCGGCUCCAUAUCGCGAUGCCGGCGAACGCCAGCAGGACUGGAACGAGGUCUACAAUUUCCCACAUGUGCGCAAGAACCUCAAGAUGCAGGCCGCCCGCUGCAUGGAGUGCGGUGUGCCCUUCUGUCAGUCCAACUCGACGGGCUGUCCGCUGGGCAACAUCAUACCCAAGUGGAACGAUCUGGUCUUCCACGGCGAAUGGCAGGAGGCACUGCGUCAGCUGCUGCAGACCAACAAUUUCCCCGAAUUUACGGGACGCGUUUGCCCGGCGCCCUGCGAGGGCUCUUGCGUGCUGGGCAUCUCGGAGCCGGCGGUGACCAUCAAGAAUAUUGAGUGCGCCAUCAUCGAUCAUGCCUUCGAGCAGGGCUGGAUCAAGGCCGAGAUACCAGAGAAGCGCACCGGCAAGCGUGUGGCCAUUGUGGGCUCAGGUCCAUCCGGACUGGCCGCUGCCCAGCAGCUCAACCGUGCCGGACACUUUGUUACGGUAUUUGAGCGCAACGAUCGCGUCGGCGGCCUGCUGCAGUACGGCAUUCCAACUAUGAAGCUGUCCAAGGAAGUGGUCAAGCGGCGUGUGGACCUCAUGGCCGACGAGGGCAUUGAAUUCCGCACCAAUGUGCACAUUGGCAAGGACACCAGCGCCGAGAAGUUGGUGCAGAGCUAUGAUGCCGUGCUACUGACCACUGGCUCCACCUGGCCUCGUGAUUUGCCUUUGGACAACCGCGAUUUGCAGGGCAUUCACUUUGCCAUGGAGUUCCUCGAAGCGCAGCAGAAGAAGCAGCUGGGCGGCAAGAAGGACAUCAUCUCGGCUGAGGGCAAGGAUGUCAUCAUCAUUGGCGGCGGCGAUACCGGCUGCGACUGCAUUGCGACCUCGCUGCGUCAAGGCGCCAAGAGCAUUACCACCUUUGAGAUAUUGCCGGAGCCGCCAUUGAAGCGUGCCGACGACAAUCCCUGGCCGCAGUGGCCCAAGGUGUUCCGCGUGGACUACGGCCACGAGGAGGUGCGUCUCAAGUGGGGCAAGGACCCGCGCCAGUACUGCACCACAACCAAAGAGUUUGUCGGUGAGAAUGGCCACAUCAAGGGCGUCCACACCAUCGAGGUGGAGUGGACCAAGACAGAGACUGGCCAGUGGCGCAUGCAGGAGGUUGCCGGCUCGGAGAAAUACUUUGCAGCCGAUCUAAUUUUGCUGGCCAUGGGCUUCCUGGGACCCGAGAAGACGGUGCCCAACGAGCUGGGUCUGGAACUGGAUCCUCGCGGCAACAUAAAGGCCUGCAAUGAACAGUAUGGCACCUCGAAUCCCAAGGUGUUCGCAGCGGGCGAUUGCCGGCGCGGUCAGUCUUUGGUAGUGUGGGCCAUUACGGAGGGUCGUCAGGCGGCGCGUCAAGUGGAUUCUUAUCUGACCGGUUUUCCCAGCGGUUUGCCCGGACCUGGUGGUGUCAUUGAUCCCACAGUACCCAGGUUCUAAGUACCUGAUGAUGCUGACGAGGAUGAGGAUGGGGAUGAGGAAGAGGAAGAGGAAGAGGAUGGUGAUGCGGGGAGUCUGUUUGUGUGCGUGCGUCGUCCUUAGCUUAGAAAAAUUCGUGUGUUUUCGCUCGAAAACCGAUUUACAAUUUGUGAUUUUUAUUUUCGCGAUUUUAGUUUAGUUAACACUAAAAAGACUUGAGUUUUUUUACAAUAUUAAA